AAAUUGGAAUCCUAAAAUGCAGCUCUUUAUUUAUCUCAGUUGUCAAGAUAAAUAGGAAAUGGAAUAGCCAGACUUUAAAUGCAACUCUAUUUACUUCAAAUCUGGGGUUGCUGAAAAUCUGAUUUUUGACUCAGCUUUGUAUCUGUCACUGCAUCGAACCUACACCUUUAUGGUCACAAAAGAUAUUUGAGAGGCAGAUAUUAUAACAACAUCACUAUUGUAGUCACUUUGUUUCUAGACUCUUGGUAUCUCUGUUGGGCACUUGGUUCAACCUGAGUUGCUGAGUCUUUGAGUUUUCUUCCAGACUCCUGUUGUCUUAGCAUCACUGGUCUGUGACUCCAGGGAAAGUGAGUCACAAGCAAGGAAGUUAAUUGUUUGAGAUUGUAUUAAUUAUCUAUUACUGUGUAAUAGGACACCUCAAAAUUUAGUGGCGUAGAGGUUAAGGACUCAGCAUUGUCACUGCUGUGGCCUAGGUCACUGCUGUGGUGCAGAUUUGAUCUCUGCCCCAGGAACUUCCACAUGCCAUGUGUAUGGUCAAAAAAAAAAAAAAAUAGUGGCUUAAACAGCAGUUAACACUUAUUAAACAACAAUAAACAUUAAUAUCAGUUUUUGUGGGGAGUGACUUAGCUGGGUAUUUUGGCUCAGAUAUUUCAUGAAAUUGCAGUCAGUUGUUGGCAGGGCUGCAGAAAGCUAACUAGGACUGGAAGAUUUGCUUCCAAAAUGGCUAGCAAGUUGGUGUUGGCUGCUGGCACAAGCCUUUACCUAGAGCUAGUUGAGUGCUUUCAUGGCAUGGUAACUGGCUUCCUUAAGUGCAUGAUUCAAAAAUGUGCAAGACAGAAACCACAAUGUUUUUUAAUGACCUAAACUUAGAAGUCAAACACUGUCAUUUCUGCAUUAUACAGGUCAGUUCUAUUCAGUAUGGGAGUGGUGUAUGAAUGACAUGGAUACCAGAAGACAGUGAUCAUUGGGGGCCACCUUGGAGUCUGGUUUCCAUAGGGAUCCAGUGAGAAAACAUCUGGUAAACUGAAUUUAUAUCAUAAGCCCACAGGUCCUAGCUCCACAAAGAUAAAACAGAUCAUUGAUGGGAAGAGAAAGCCCUGAAGAACAUAUAUCUAUCUAUAAUGGAUGGAGACCUUCUGACCUGAAACCUCCUAUAGAAGCUGAGGAGUCCUGAGAUAAAGUAGACACUGAAAUUGCUGGACCUGCAUCCUGCCUAAUCCCUCUGCCUAGAGUGGGAAAGGCCUGAAUGACAUCUCAGCCUUUGGAGAUCAGCAGUGGCUGUGUGACAGUGGAACGUUUAACCCAGAUGAUGGAAAGGAGAGCGUGGUGUUCUCCAGACUCUGCCCUUUUCAAGGAAGAAGAGGAUAUGACCAGUUCUCUUGAAAGAGUAACAUUUAAGGAUGUGGCUGUGGACCUCACUCAGGAGGAGUGGCAGCAAAUGAAACCUGCUCAGAGGAACUUGUACCGUGAUGUGAUGCUGGAGAACUACAGCAACCUAGUCACAGUGGGCUGUCAAGUCACCAAACCAGAAGUGAUCUUCAAGUUGGAGCAGGAAGAGGAGCCAUGGGUAGUAGAAGAAGAAAUGCUUGGGAGGCAUUGUCCAGAAGUUUGGGAAGUUGAUGAACAGCUCAAGAAGCAACAGGAAACACAAGUGAGGAAAGUCACAUCCAUCUCCAAGGAAACUCUAAUUAAGGAAAAUAUCAUUGAAUAUAAAAAUGUUGCAAAAAUAUUUCCUCUGAGCACAGACAUUGUUACUUCAAGACAAAACUUCUACAAAUGUGACUCACUUGAUAAAGGUUUUGAACAUACUUUAGACUUACUUAGUUAUGAGAAAAGCUGUAUAAGAGAGGGAAAUUACGAAUGUAAUAAGUAUAGGAAACCAUUUUACCAUUGCUCAACUCACGUUGUAACCUCCUUUAAGUGUGCUCAAUGUGGACAGAACUUUAGUCAUAAAUUUGAUCUUAUCAGACAUGAGAGAAUUCAUGCUGGAGAGAAACCCUAUGAAUGUAAGGAAUGUGGGAAAGCUUUCAGCAGAAAGGAAAAUCUUAUUACACAUCAGAAAAUUCAUACUGGGGAAAAACCAUAUAAGUGUAAUGAAUGUGGAAAAGCUUUCAUUCAGAUGUCAAACCUUAUUAGACACCAGAGAAUUCAUACUGGAGAGAAACCUUAUGCAUGUAAGGAUUGUUGGAAGGCCUUCAGUCAGAAAUCAAAUCUCAUUGAACAUGAGAGAAUUCAUACUGGAGAAAAACCCUAUGAAUGUAGGGAAUGUGGAAAAGCCUUCAGCCAGAAGCAAAAUCUUAUUGAGCAUGAGAAAAUUCAUACUGGGGAGAAACCUUAUGCAUGUAAUGAGUGUGGUAGAGCUUUUUCUCGAAUGUCAUCUGUUAAUCUACAUAUGAGAAGUCACACAGGGGAGAAACCCUAUAAAUGUAAUAAAUGUGGAAAAGCCUUCUCUCAAUGCUCAGUAUUUAUUAUACAUAUGAGAAGUCAUACAGGUGAGAAACCCUAUGUAUGUAGUGAAUGUGGGAAAGCAUUCUCUCAGAGUUCAUCCCUUACUGUACAUAUGAGAAAUCAUACAGCCGAGAAGCCCUAUGAAUGUAAUGAAUGUGGAAAAGCCUUCAGCCGGAAAGAAAAUCUCAUUACACAUCAGAAAAUUCAUACUGGAGAGAAACCUUAUGAAUGUAAUGAAUGUGGGAAAGCUUUUAUUCAGAUGUCAAACCUCAUUCGACACCAGAGAAUUCAUACUGGUGAAAAACCCUAUGCGUGUACAGUAUGUGGGAAAGCCUUUAGUCAGAAAUCAAAUCUCACUGAACAUGAGAAAAUUCAUACUGGAGAGAAACCCUAUCAUUGUAAUCAAUGUGGAAAAGCUUUCAGUCAGAGACAAAACCUUCUUGAGCAUGAAAAAAUUCAUACUGGAGAGAAACCAUUUAAGUGUAAUGAAUGUGGUAAAGCUUUCUCUCGAAUCUCAUCCCUUACUCUUCAUGUUAGAAGUCAUACAGGGGAGAAACCUUAUGAAUGUAAUAAAUGCGGAAAAGCCUUCUCUCAAUGCUCAUUACUAAUUAUACAUAUGAGAAGUCACACUGGUGAGAAACCCUUCGAAUGUAAUGAAUGUGGGAAAGCCUUCUCUCAAAGAGCAUCCCUUUCUAUACACAAGAGAGGUCAUACAGGUGAGAAACGAAGAGUAUACUAAAUGAAUAAAGGCCUUCUCUUAAAUUCAAUGCAAUUUUUACUUGACUUUAAAAUAUCUUGGCAUAAUCUCCAAAACAUGAACAAGAUCUUUAUGAAAAAAUUGUAUAGCUUUAUCAAAGGCAAAAGACGUGAGUAAAUGCAGAGAAAUACCAUGGAUGUAGAUGGAAAAACCCAAUAUCAUAAAAUGUCUGUUCUUCCCCCAAAUUAACCUAUAGACCUAAUACAGUUACAAACAUCUAAUAGGAAUUUUCUAGGAUCUUUACAAAAUGGUUCUAAAAUUCUUAUGAAAUAAGUCUAUGGAUUGCUGAGACAAUAUUGAAAAAGAAUAGAGCAGACAUACCUUCUACCAUAUACUACACAUAUUAUGAAGUUAUGGUCUUAAAAUGGUGUGUGGCAUUAGUACAUUAAUGGGCAAGUAAAAAGGUUUUACAGAAUAGAAUGCCUAGAAUAAACCAAUGAAUAUAUGCGAACUUGGUGUAUAUUAGGCACGACAUCAUGAAUCAGUAGGAGAAUGAUGGCCUAGUUAAUAAAAAUUGUUGGAGUAUUUUAAUCUCCAUAUUAGGGAAAAUAAAACUGUACACAACCUUACAACAUAUAAAGAAACAGAAUUCCAAAAGAUUUGAACACUGAAAUCUCAAAGGCCAAACUGAACUUCUUGGGAGGAAAUAGCAGGAUAUUCUCUAUGACUUUAAAGCAGGGAGACAUUUUUUAAAAAGAUCCUGCAGUUCUACUUUUGGAUAUACUUCCUAAAGAAAUUCACAAAUAUGCAUAAUAAAUAAAUAAAUAUAUAUAUAUAUCUGGAUUGAAAACAAUCUAUAUAUGGAAGAGGUAAUGAAUAAAAUGUGAUAUGCUCAAAUAAUGGAAUGUUGAAAGUAAUGAACUUGAUCUAUAUUGUAUAACUUGAGUAGUUAUCUAAAAUAAUGUUGAGUGAAAAAGUCAAGAUCCAGAGGAAACAUAGUGUAUAACAUUCAUGUAAAUUGGAAUGAAAUCAUUCACAAAAAAUAGAACUAUGUUUUUAUUAUUGAAAUAUGUGUGUAGAACUAUCUUAAGUGCAUUAAAGUGGACAUAUACCAAAUUAUUGAUAGUGUUGUCUCUGGCAGGAGAUUAGGAUUAAAGGUGUUGAUCAAAGGGGACUUUUAGCUUUACUUGUAAUUUUUAUGCCUUAAAAAAGAUUGAUAACAUAUAAAAUAAAUCUUAAAAGUUGAUGCACAA